AUGGCUUUGAAUAUGACCGAUAAAAAAUUUCUUGCCUCCCAAAUCCUACCGGAGGUUGAAUUUAGUAUUACUUCAAUAGGAAUUACACUUUCCAGCUCCCGCCUUUCCACUCCCCGCUUUGUUCCCUAUGAUCAAGCUGGAAGAUGCCGGGAAUGUAAGAGUACUGAAGUGGAGCUCGACUUCGCCAUCACCAAGGAGGGAGUAACAACAUGGUGUACUCGCUUUUCAGGGAGCCGUUUUGUACCAUUUGAUAAAAUCUACGACUUACCUGGUCAUUGUUUUUUUAAAAUUCGUAAUAAAGGAAGAGUGUUUAAUAUUAAUGGAAGUUUUUGCGACGUCAAGUGUCGUGAGGAAAAUAAGAAUGUAAAGGAAAAUAUACCUCCUCCUCCACCACCUUCAGCUCUUCCUGCUCCUUCUCUUAAUAUCAAAGCUACUCUCUCAGCUCCUAAGCCUCAAGCUCCAAUUACACUCCCUGCUCCUCUUCUUUCACCGCCAUUAGCAACUCCACCAGUCUCUCCGCCGUUAGAACCACAACCCCCCAUACCUCCUACACCUGAAGAGGGUAUACUUAAUGAAUUCUUUGACAAAUUAUCGGCUGCUACAACUGGGAUCCCAACUCAGGCGCAAAAAUUGGAAGCUCUGAAGGAGCAAGCGGCUGAGAUGGAAAAAGAAGAGAUGGAAGCUAUAGCAUCGAUUCAGUAAAUCAUUUAAAAAAUUUUUCGAUUUAUUAUUUUCAAUUAAUUGUAAUUUUUAUUUUCUAAAAUUGUUUGUUAUGGAAUCUUCCACAUUUUCGAAUAAAGAACUGAAUUUUAAAUCGCCUUUUGGUAUGAUUGUUUCAGGUCCGAGCUCUAGUGGAAAGAGCACAUUUUUAUUAAAAUUUAUUGCCGAAGCAGCUUAUUUAGUUGACCCUACACCCAAAUCUAUAUUAUACUGCUUUGGUGA